AUGACCUUAGUAAUCUUCAGUCCACUGGGAAAGGAAGCCACAGGAAAGACUGAGAUUGACGAUGUGAAGAAAGGGGCUGAUAUUAAACAUUCCAUGGUGAAUGGGCUUUCCAAUGGUUAUGACAAAGAGAAGAAAGACAAAGACAAGCACCACGAUAAAGAUCGUGAUAAGGAGAAGCACAGAGAUAAAGAGAGUGAUCGGGACAAACACAGAAGCAAAGAUGGGACCGUGAUCGUGAAAAGGACAAGCAUAGAGAAAAGGACAAAGAAAGAGACAAGGAGCGUGAUAAGUCGAAAACAUAGUUCUAGUUCUUCUAGCAAAGACAAACAUAAUAGUAGUAGUAGUAGCAGUUCUAAGGACAAAGAUAGGGACAAAGAAAGGAAAGACAGAGAAAAGAGUAAGCAUCAUGAUGACAAGGAGAGAAAAGACAAGGAGCAUAAAAGUAGCAGCUCGUCUAGUAAAGAUAAGGAACACAAGAGUUCCAGUUCCAGCAAACAUAGCAGUUCUUCUAGCUCAAAACCCAGUUCUAGUAGUUCAUCUAAAGAUAAGGAACAUAGAGAUAAAGAUCGAGAAAAGGAUAAGGAAAAGAGCCGUGAUAAGGAUAAAGAGCGCAGUAAAGAAAAACACAGUUCUAGUGAAAAGCAUAGCUCAAGUGAGAAACACAGUUCAGGUUCCAGCAAAGACAAGGAGAGACACAGUUCUGACAAGCAUAAAUCAGACAAAGAUAGGCAUAGUUCCAGUUCUAGCAAGGAGAAGGAUAGACAUAGUUCGGAGAAGAAGGAUAAACAUAGAGAAAAAGAUAAAUCUAGAGAUAAAGAAAGAGAAAAGGAGAAAAUAAUCAAGAAGGAAGAGCUGUUAGAAUCCCCACAAUUUAAAAAUGAAUCGAUGGAAAUAAAGCAAGAAAGGGAUGAAGAUUUCUCACUUCAAACUUCUUUAAGGGAUGACUCGAUGGAUGACGAUGAUGACGGAAAGUUGAUGAUCAAGGAGGAGCCGACGGAUGACGAAAGCAAGAUGGAUUACACCGAGAGUACCAUGGAUAUGUCCGGUGACAGGUCACAGAUCAAAGAGGAGGAGGAGGAUGAUGAGGACGACGACUUGCCUAUGGCUGCCCGUAUGGCCAAAAUGAAGAAGGAAGUGGAAUCGGAGGAUGAAGAUGAUGUUCCUCUCAUGGCUAGAAAAAAAACCAAAGAAAGAGAGUGCGAAAAAAAAAAGCGGAAAAAAGCCGAUAGUGACUACGAUGAUGAAGAAGAUUUUAAACCAGCCAAGAAAAAACAGAUAAAGAAGGAAAAGAAGAGUGGAAAGGUGAAGCAGGAAGGUACUACAGAGAGUCCUAGAAAGAAAAAGAAGGAUGAGGAAGAACAAGAAGUUUGGAAAUGGUAAGUGACAAUUUAGAGAAAACUUUUAGU